AUGCGUCGUCGCGUAAUUUAUUCUAUUUUGAUGAAUCAAAAUUUCAAAAGGACGUUUUUGUUGCUGCAGUUUUUUUUGGUGUUGGCAUUGCUGAUAGCUGCGAGCAACUGGGAAAAAGAUUCUUCUCUCAUCCUUUCAGAAACAUUGGUAAAAGACAAUGUGCAGUUUGUUAAGGCCGAAUCUGAGUCAGAAAGACCACGGGUUGUCUUCCUUGUUAUUCAGACACGAAAAUCUCCCGGCUGGUGUCGGAUGCUGUUGAGUUCGCUUCUGUCGGAAGUGUCUGUGGUAUCGAUAGGGUUUGGAAAACGAUACAAUCACGCGAAGAGACCAUUGUGGAUUCUCGACUACAUUGAUAAUGAGGGUCUGCGCGAUGAAGACGUGGUGGUGGCGUUUGAUGGUGGUGACGCUUUUAUUACUGGAUCUUUCCAAGUAAAACAAGCUGUGGAUCGUUUCUUGGAAGCAACAGCGCCUACCGCAGCCGUCUUCAACGUCACGGCGGUGCAU